AACUUAAUUCCAAAACCAUAUUCUAAUGUAUUAUCAAACUAUUUCAGUAAAAAACGUGAAGUGGUCCAAGAUUUGGCUCCAAUGUUAUGGCAUUCCUUUGGUGAGCAUUAAUAUAAUAUUAUAAUUGUUUUCCAUUGAUGCUCUACUGGUUACCAAGAAUGUUGCCAAUUUGAUAACUUUGAUAUUUUUUCAGGAACAAUUGCAGCUCUCCUUCAAGAGAUUGUCAACAUUUAUCCUGUGAUAAAUCCUCCAAAUCUAACAGUAAGUUUGGAGAAGAAAGACAGGUGGUGAUCAGGCUUUAGUAUAUGUAGAAACAGAUAAUUUAGUUACCGUAGCAAUUUAAUUAAUUAUGGCUUUAUUUUGUUCUAGGCUCAUCAGUCCAACAGAGUAUGUAAUGCUCUUGCUUUACUACAGUGUGUUGCAUCACAUCCUGAAACACGAACAUCCUUCUUACAAGGUAGAACAUCAAUGGUUAUAGGCUAGUACAAUACAUUACAUUACAUGUCAGGGACAGAACAAUAAAAUAUGGUACAGUACAGAGACAGGAUGGGUACAGUACAGUACGGUACGGUACAGUACAGUACAGUACAAGGAUAGAAUACCAGGAACAGUAUAGGAACAAGAAAGGACAGUACAUGAAAGGUACAGGACAGGACAUUACAGGAUAGGGACAGGACAAUACAGGGACAGUACAAUACAGGGACAGGGCAAUACAAUUCAGUGACAGCACAGGGACAGGACAGUGCAGUGCAAGGAUAGUACAGUACAGUACAGGUAGGUACAGGUGCAGGACAAUACCCUACAGGGACAGUACAGGAAAUACAGGACAGGGACAGGACAGAGACAGAACAGUGCAGAAACAGGACAGGAAGAAACAUUUUAUUUUAAGCUUAGGUUAUACCAUUUAUCCAGUAUUAUGAGUAUUGAGCUGCACUUUCUAACACUUCCAAAUGUAUUUGUUGUUUAGCGCACAUUCCACUGUUUUUAUAUCCUUUCCUACACACGACAAGUAAAACAAGACCAUUUGAAUACCUUAGACUAACCAGUUUAGGAGUUGUUGGUGCGUUAGUGAAAGUAAGUGAAUAUGGUUUUAUUUUACUGACAUACCUUGGAUGAUCUUGAUCCUGCACAUACAUAUUGUAUAUACUGUACUUCAAUAUUUUAGCAGCUUUAUUCCAUUCUGUUCUAAUGUAUACACUUAUAUAAACAUAUAUUGCACAAGUCAGAAUAUUUUGUGUCUUAUAUAAAUUUGCUACAUUUUCUGUUGCAGACAGAUGAGCCAGAAGUGAUCAAUUUUCUAUUAACAACAGAAAUCAUUCCAUUAUGCCUGAGAAUAAUGGAGUCUGGCAGUGAAUUAUCAAAAACUGUAAGUUUAGUUUCUUAGACUACUGUACGUUCACAAGAAACUACACACGUAAAAAUCUCACAUCUUGUAACAAGUCUGCCAACAAGCCGUCAACAAGAUGUAUUCGCACUGCUUGUCACAAGUUGUAAACAGGCUUGGAACAACUUGUUGACAACUUGUAACAACCUUGUCGAAGUUAUCAGACUUGUUGCAAGGUUGUUCUGACAAGUCCGUUACAUGCUUGAUAUAACAAGAUUGUUACAACCUUGUAACAUCCUUGCUAUAUCAUGGUUGUAACAAACUUGUAAGCACAGUCUUGUAACAAGGCUCAUAAUGCCAUCAAAGACGAAUUCAGAAUGUUCACACAUGCAGGAUUUGACAUUCAUACAGUUCCAUGCGUCUUACACGUGUCAAUACGCGCAAGUUGUAACAAGGUUGUUGUCAAGCUGAUAUGAAUUCCCGUUUCCACUCAAGAAAAUUUUUCACGGACAGAAAAUUUUCCGAGAAUAUAAUUGUUAAGAGUUGAAAAUUUUCAACUUCAAAAUUUUUUUCCAUCGGAAAAUUUUUGUCGGCCAGUCACAUUCUACAAAUCCCCCUUCCGCGGAAAAUUUUCUUGAGUAGGAAUGGGCCUUCACACACGUACAUAAAAACGCACAAAAAGUUGUUACAGUUUGCAAACAAGUUGUCACAAAUCUGUUCACAAGCUGUCAACAAAUUCGCAUUACGUUCCUACUUGUUGUAACAAGUUUGGAACAAGCUGUAAACAACUUGUAACAAGCUUGAUGGCAUUACCAGACUUGUAGCAAAGUUGUUCUAACAAGUCAGGGUGCGAUAAUUCAAUAUUUUUAGCCGUACCUGACUGGUACUCCAACAAUUUUUGCCGAGUACUUGAGCUGGUACGAACUUAAAAGUCAAGGUGUACCUAAGGCUACUUCCGAGUCUUGCGUUUUACACAUACAUAUAUAAUGCACGGUCUUUGACGGGAAAAAUUAAACCUUUCUGAAUUUUAUAUAUUUAAUAAUUAAUAAUAUACAUAAAGAUAUUACUCGACUGUGAUUGGUUGAUUUCAGUGCAGUUAAUCCCAAACAGCAGUGCAAUUUUCUGUAAUCACAGUGCAAUUUUCUGUAAUCACAGUGCAAUUUUUUGUAAUCACAGUGCAAUUUUCUGUAAUCACAGUGCAAAAAUCUGUAACAAACUGAUCUGAUUGGUGGAAAAACAUUGUGAUGAUUAAAUCAACCAAUCAGUUUAAAGCAAUUUAGUUUAAAGAAGUAACGGUCACAGAUUGCUUCAAAACAAAACAAACAUGGCGCCGCGCUACAGUAAAGUAAAAGUUGCUUUCGCGUGAAAAAUAUGGCUUUUAUCUUUAUUUUUAAAUGGAAAAGCAUUGACCUUAAACAAGACUAACAAAAAUUACAUAGUUGAGUGGAAUUUUCAAGCUGUUAGCGUUGCAUAAUGUGAUAUAACAAAGCCAGGAAAAGUUUGCCGGUGGAAUGUUCGCUAUAAACGCGUAAGUUAAAACUACAAUUGUCUCGAACAUUUUUAUGUAAAUUAUUAAUAAGUAAUAGCAUGGUUUCUCGUGAAAUUUGGAUAAACAUGCACUCGUGAGUUUUUCAAAGACCUCAAAUAGCACUCGUCCUUCGGACUCGUGCUAUUUCGAGGUCUUUGAAAAACUCACUCGUGCAUGUUAUAUCCAAAUUGCACUCGAAACCAUGCUAUUACCUAUACUAAUACUAAUAAACACUUAUAACAAAGUUAACAACCUUGUUUGAUCCCAAAAUAUGUCGGAUGUGUGGAAUUUACAUUAGGGCCAUUUAUACGGGACAAAAUAAGACGCGACUUACAUAAGACGCGACUUAAAUAAGACGCGAGUUUGUCGUAUAAAAGGUACAAAAUUCUUAUGUAAGACGCGUCUUGGAUAAGACGCGUCUUACAUAAGAACAGGACUUUUAGCUGUUCUUAUUUAAGUCGCGUCUUAAAUAAGAAAUUUUGGACAAAAAUUCUAACUACACAUGUCCGAAACUUGAAACAACGUAAAAUUAUUAGCCUUGCAUAUUCGAACAAAACAACCGAAACAACAUUAUAGCUAUAGCAAGUAAAUAAGAAUAAAUCCGUAGAGAACCAUUUAUGCGAUAACUCAGCUUAUAUAAGACGCGUCUUAUGUAAGACGCGACUUAUUUUGUCCCGUAUAAAUGGCCCUAAUGUACAGCUAAAGUUAUUGACGGUUUUGAAUACCUUGGAAGGUCUGCUAGUUAUCGCUAGAAGGAAAAUGUAAGUACGCGAAUAGCAAAUUCUCGUAUACCUACGUGGUACUCGGCUAAAAACAAAGAAUUCCAAACCAUAAUUUUGGCGUACCUCUGGUACGUUGGUACGCGACUUAUCGCACCCUGCAAGUCGGAUACAGUCUUGAUAUAACAAGAAUGUUACAAGGUUGAUGACACAAGGUUGUAACAAUAUUGUUAUAUCAUGACUAUUUGGACUUGUUGGAACAACCUUGCAACAAGUACGAUAAUAUCAAUAAGGUUGUUAUAAGUUGUUAACAGCUUGUUCCAAAUUUGUUGACAACUUGGGACACACCAUGCGAGAACAAGUUGUUAUCAAGUUCUUUGAAUGUUUGCAUGGCGAUAAAAUAUAAUUGUUUUUGUUUGUGGAAACACCACGUAAAUUUAUUACUGCAAAGCUUAAAGGGCAAUUUACACGAUACGAUUAGUUGUAUACGAUUGUCAUUCUGACGAAUGAAAACGAGUGCUAAUGCCACGUUAUUGCUCAUUCGCUAAUGGCGAAAUUUGAAAUGUGACGUUUGUACGCGUGUUUAUUCGAUCACAUACGCCAGAGUAAGAAUUGUAUACAACUAAUCGUAAUCAUAUUAUUAGCACUGAUGAAGAUCCGGGCUUACGGAUCAAAAGCUUUGCAGUAAUAAAUUUACGUGGUGUUUCCACAAACAAAAACAAUUAAGUUGUUAUCACCUUGUUAAGUCGGAAACAAGUUGUUAUCACCUUGUUACGAGGUUAAUGACGGUAACAGACUUGCUACAGGUUGUUGCGACAAGACUAAUGCAGUACAGGCUGUUCGUAACAAGUUGCUUCGAGCUUUUUGUCAUAAACUUGUUAACAACUUGUUACGUGCAGACGAUAUCAAACUAGUUGGAACAACUUGUUGCGAGUCUGUUGGCUUAUGAUCAACCUUGUUACAAGAUGAUAGCAAUUUGUUCCAGACUUGUCAACAACUUGAAACAAACAGUGCGAACAAGCUAACACAAGGCGAUAUUGUGUGUGAAUGGAGUCGACGUCUUAGGCUUAACCCUUUUUCUUCAACAUGAAUAUUGUAUUGAAACUUGUUAUUUCAUAUAAUUAUCUAUAUCUGAAAAUGCUUCUACCUUUAGGUGGCUACGUUUAUUCUUCAGAAAAUACUGCUAGACGAGACGGGCCUCUCUUAUAUUUGUCAAACGUACGAACGUUUCUCGCAUGUCGCCAUGAUACUGGUAAGAAAUAAUAUGACGUGCUAAAAUUAUACAAUACAAUACAAUACAGUACAUUACUACAGUAUUACUAUUAUUCAGCUCACUCCCAAUUGGAACUUUUCAGUGACCGAUCACAUCAAGUUUUUGCGCUUACUUAUGUUACUUAAGCCCUGGGCAAACUAGGAAACAUUGUUGUGGAAACAUUUGUGAUUCUCGAUGUUUCCUCAAAUGUUUCCCAGUUUGCCCACCCGUGGAAACAUUGUUGCGGAAACAAAAUUUGCUUCCUGAGGAGCAAAAAUGUUUCCUAGCGAAUUCAGAAACAUUUGAUGUUUCCCUAUGUUUCUCACUAAUAUUUCCUAGUGUUUGCCCACUCUUGGAAACAUGGCGAAACAUUGGUAGGAAACAAUGUUUCCGCAACAAUGUUUCCUAGUUUGCCCACUAGGGCUUUAGCUUAGACUAUUUAUCUUUACAACAAUUGUGAUAUUACUUUUCCUAACUGUGUUUAUCCUCACCCAUCCUGCCAACUUGCCCUGUGGGAGGGAACCCAAGCGCCCGGAGGAAACCCACGACGUUCGGCAGAGCGUUGACUGACUCUUUUCACAUGAGUCCGUGUGGGAAUCGAGCCCACGAACUCAGAGGUGAAAGGCGCCUGCCCUGACGAGUGUUCCACCGAAGCCCCACUGAACGUACAGCGAAGACUCAUGUUCUUUUAACCAGAGUUGUGUAUUUCUUUCUUAGGGUAAAAUGGUGCUAGCAUUAGCCAAGGAUCAAUCGGCAAGACUUUUGAAACACGUAGUGCGUUGUUAUCUGAGGUUAUCUGACAACCCUAGGUAAGGUCGUUAACACGUUUAGUUUCAAAAUAUAUAUGAUAUAGCGUGCAAGAUAGCUUGCAGGUUAACCCAUCGACUGCUAGUAUUCUCCCGUUGGCAAGUAUUAAAAAUCGUUUGGCAUGAGAAAGAGUAAAAUAAGAACGUCAUUGUCUGGGGCUGUUGUUCAAGGACAAAGCAAAUUUCCAACAUCUGGUUAGCAAACAAAAAUAUUUAUCCAGGAAUCUUGUCUGGAUCAACUCAACAGAAAUUUUAUUUUCUAAAGUUUUGAAUUAAACGGACAUGAUAAAAUAAACAAUCCAAACAGCAGGUUAAAUUUAACCCAGGGUUGCACAGGUUAAUGGUAAUGCAGUUUUGAACAAACUGCCCGGGAAUCUUAAUCUAAAGGAACUUAUUGGGUCAUGAAAAAGGACGUCUGCACCGUAUUUGGUUUGUCUUGAUACCAUGCAUGCAUACUGUAUAAACAUAUGAUAUAAACGCUUACAAAUGAAGUUAUACUAUCCAUAUUGUCCACCCUUCGUGCGCCUUAUAUGUCUGACAUAUAUUUGUUGCUUCUUUACUGCAGAGCAAGAGAGGCAUUACGACAAUGUCUGCCUGAUCAACUGAAAGAUGCAACGUUUGCAAACUGCUUGAAGGAUGAUGCUUCCACAAAGCGAUGGUUGAAUCAAUUGAUGAAGAACUUACUGGAGCCUCCUGCAACAGACCCCAGAGGCAUCCCUCUACCGCCUUAAAUAUUGCAUGUUAUAGAUUUAGCCUGGCUUUAGGAAAACGGACUUGUAAUAUACUAACAAAUGUAAAAUAAGUAUUUUGAAAUUAUCAUCAAAAUUUCCGUUGAGUUUAUAAUGUUGUUGUU